CCAACAAUACCCUAUCAAAUAACAAGCCAGAAAAAAGGCCUUAAAAAAACCUAAAAUAGUCAUAUAAACCAUUAGUACCAAACUACUAAUAAAAUAUUGGCAUGAAACAACAAAUUGGCGCUCACCCAAUUUUACCCGCUAAAUUUAACCCGCAACUUUCCUUUGAUUAAACCCAAAAAAACCCAUUUCAAAAUCUCCCGCGCAACUUUUCACCAUUUUUAGCUCCCCUUCCUCCUUCCCUUCACCUCUCUCAGAUUCAACUCCCUCAUUUCUCCCUCCUAAUUUUCUCCAUCCCUAGCAAACAAAACCCAACCACAACCCUUCGCUACGCUAUUUGCCGUCUGUAUUUACUAAAAAUCGAUAAACUCGAAAAACAACAAAAAUGGCAAAGCAAGGAAAAGGAAGAAAAACUGAAACCAAUAAUGUAGGAAAAGGUAAAGUAACACCAGUUCAAGUUGCCUUCAUCGUUGAUCGUUACCUUGCUGAUAAUAAUUACUCGAAAACUCGAACCGCUUUUCGCUCUGAAGCUUCUUCUCUUAUCUCUAAAUCUUCCUUACAAGAGGCGCCAAAAAGUUUACUGAGUUUAGGGGAGUUAUUAGAUGAGUAUAUAUGGUUAAAAGAGCAGAAAGUUAUGGUAGAACGAGAGAAAUUUGGGUUAGCUCAAGAAAGAUCUAGAGUUCAAACUCUUUUACAAGGAAUGCAAGAUCUUAUGAAUGUUUAUAAUUCUGCUGCUACUGCUAAUUGUAUUACUUCUCCACCUCCGCCGCCUCCGCCUUUUACGACACCUAUGUCAAUGCUCACUUCAUCUUCUACAGGAAAUCUUACUCAUAGAAGCACACCAGUUAUGACAUCAGUAUCAAUGACACAAAGUUUAAAGAUGGAUCAUACCAACUUCUCAACACCUAACAUUUAUUCGCGUCCUCCAAGAAAGCGAAAAAAUCACAAGGAACCUCAAGAUGUACCUCAAGCACCAAAGAGAUAUUGUAGUCCAGUUACUAACAACUCUUUGUAUGACAAAGGGACUAAUUCAGUUGCACAGCCAAACAAUGCAUACCAAGGUGAUCAUAGUAAUCAUCAAUCUCCUCCUCUCCAAUCAUUAUCACCUAACUUUAUCCAAGGAGGAUCAACUAUUCAAGGAUCAAGUGUAGCUAAAAAUUUGUUUAAUAAGACUUCAUCAUCUCCACCUUCCAAUUCUUCGGGUCCCAAAACACCCCCACGAGCACUCUCUUCUCAAAGCGAUAAAUCCAUUUCCCCUCUUGAAGAUGUAUCUUCAACAGCUAAGUCCCAGCACGAUAGCACCCCUCCUGAGACUACACCCACGAACUGCACUAUUAUCUCCUCCAAGACUAUCAUAGUGAGCCCUACUAAGCAGUUUUCCAUUGAACGGAACCAGUGUACUUUUUCUUCGCCUGUUAAAACAAGCAAGUGGCAAAGCAAGAGAGAACAUGUCAAAGGGAGGCUGGAUUUUGACAGUUCUGAUGUUCCCGCUAAUUUGGAAAAUACAAGUGGAGAUGGAAGUGGAACUAGUACUUCUUCUGAAUCAGAAAAGGAAGGAGACAUUUUCGACUUGGAUUUGCCAGAUUUUGAUGCCUUUGGGCCAGACUUCUCUCUCACAGAUCUCUUGACUGAUUUGGGGAUCGAUUGUGGAACAGUUCAGUAUUCUGGUCCAUCAACAGCAGGGGGGUCUACUGCUGCAGUUCCAGAGUUGAUUCAUGAAGAAAACGAUGGCGAUUUGAGUACUAGCCAAGGUUUAACAGAGGAUGCAUCAGCUGUUCAAGAGGGUUUUGCAGGAGAUAUGAAUGAAAAUGUUAAAAAUUCAGAAUCAAUUACUUCUGUCAAGUCCAUAAGAAAAUGCAUAAGAAUAGUGAGUCCUAACAAAUGUGCAAGAAGUAGCUCAAUACAUGAUCAAGAAAACUUAAGUGCAGAAAGCUGACCAGCUUAACAUUUCAGGCUGACCUCAAGCUGACAAUUUGGUUUCUAACACUUUCCUGCUGAUUAUUAUCUCUCAUAGAGUUGUUGAUUCUAGGUUAACACUGAGACAACUUCUCAUUCUUUUGUUUUUGGGCAGAUACAUUUUGUUUCUGAACAUAGAAUAGGAUAGAAAAAUCAGCAGCAAUAUUAAUGAAUCAUUUUCUAUGAAGUAA